UUUAUUUCCUUGUGAAGAAUUUUCAUCGGCUGAAUCAGUGAUGCAAUUUCACAUAAUAUGACAGUUUUACUCUAAAGAAGUGACAACGUAUGGAUGAUGCAGUUCUCAUUUUUUUCAAUUUUGACAUCCUGGUGAUUAAAAAGUAAUGUACUAAUGUCAUGGCAGACGAUCGUGAGAUUUUAAGGGAAUUAUGGGAAGGAAGAAUCCCUGUAAGAUUUUCACUGCCUUUAGAGGAGGUUGAUUCUGGUGAAGAACCAGAGUCAAUUUAUCUUAUGUUACCUCGACUGAGUUACUUCCCGUUGGUGACAGAUAGAGUUAACAAGCAUUUUUCAAAAUAUGUUAAUCAGGAAGAGGCAACAGAGAUGUGGCUAGCCUAUUCCGAACAACCACUAAAAUGGCACUAUCCAAUAGGUGUACUCUAUGACUUAUAUGGUGAUAAAGAUUCAACACCUUGGAAUAUUACAGUGCAUUUUCAGGAUUUCCCUGAAGAUGAGAUAUUACAUUGUCCCAGUAAAGAAGCAGUUGAGUCCCAGUUUAUGUCCAUGGUGAAGGAAGCAGAUUCCUUGAAACACAGAGCACAGAUCAUUAAUAAUAUGCAGAAAAGAGACCACAAACAGUUAUGGACAGCAUUAUUACAUGACAGAUAUGAUCAAUUUUGGUCAGUAAAUAAACGGUUAAUGGAAUCAUCCGGUGAUGACAUGUUCAAAUACAUUCCUUUUAGAAUAUAUCAGAUUGAUAUUCCAAAUAUCCAAAAAAUAUUUAAACCAUGCAAUACAGAAGGAGAGGAACAAAAAUUAGGGGAUUUACUUCAUGAAUGUGUCCCACAUUUGUGGGAAGAAGAUACAUUUACGAAAAGAGUUGUAACACACGGUAUAGAAAUGACAUUAAAUACUCCAGUAUUGUGGUUGUCCCAGAAUUUUAGUUACCCAGACAAUUUUCUGCAUAUAUGCUUAUUAGACAAAACGGACACAGGAUGAUGCAGAGAGUUCAAAAUCUAGGUCUAUUUAUUUUAAUUCUUGUGAUUUGAAUAAUUUCUUGCAAUUCUGCAAAUGAAUAUUUUGAACUGUAUCAGUUAAUGAUAUGUGAAACAUGAAAUGUGAUUUAAAAUGAUGAUAAUGUACGAUAGCAAUUCAGGGUCAGCGGUUAGGCCUACAGUCUGAAGUUUUCACGAAGGGCCUGUAAAUUUGAUGAGAAUUAUAUUAACUGAAAAGGCCAGAUUUCUAAAGCAUAAUGCAUCAGGACUUAUAGAUUUCACAAGCAACUUUGAACAUUGAUAUGACUGUGUCAUGUCUAUUCCAUUCUAUGUAAAUUUUCUUUAGAAGACAUCAAUGUUUUAGAAAGACAACAAACAGAAAAAGAAGAGUUGAGCUUUGAUUUGAAGUUUGCAGCAUACUUGUUGGAAUUUCUGAUAGAAACCAAAGAUCAUAGCAUUUUUCAUUCAAAUUUUUUUUUUCUUCAUUUCAAUAGCAUAUACAAACAUUGUUCUGAUUUUCUAACCAUAAACAUGAUUUUGAUUGAUAGGGCUAUGCCGUUAAAAUGAAUGUUUGAUGGAAAAAAUGGACUUUCGUGUUUUCCCAACAAGAAACCAUGCUUUAAGUAAUUUGCAUACAUCUUAUGUACAUACAACCAUAAAUGAGCCAUGCCCCCCAUGGCCAAAAAGGAAAAUUAACAUCCUACUUUCCCACAAUCAAUUUAAUGGAAUAGCCCUAAUUUACAUAAAAUGAUUGUGUUUCUGAAAUAUGAAAAUAAAGAGAAUUUAUUUGUACAUGCAUGUAAAACUAAUAUUUUCAUUGAAUGCCAAUAAGCCAUUUGAUAUAUAAUGAGUUAUUUCCCUUCAUUUAUAUUUGGUGAUUUAGUCCAUUACUUAUGAUUUUUUUCUCCAGUUUAACCUACAUGAAUAAGAAUAAGAGUGCUUAAAUAAAUAAAGGUAAAUGUGGGACCCAAUAACAAAAUCAAGAAAGACUUGAGGGUUUGCUUGCGACCUCAAUUCUCAUUUAAUAGAACCUGUGACCUAAACAAAGGUUCAAAAUGGUUUAUUUGAAUGUUUUGUUUUAUUUUAAAGUGACCAGAGGUAAUUUUUAUUAAACAUGACCUUGUGACCAAAGGUGGGUACCCUAUUAGAGCACAAGAGUAUAAUCUUGUAGUGAUAACCUUAAAUCAGUCAAGGGAUUACCACUCUACUUUGAAAAUCCUUGAAUAUUAUAUCAGUCAUUCUCAGCAUGGAAAUACAUGCCGUUUACACUUGUAAAAAAUGUCAAAUAAUCCUGGAAAACCCCCUGAAUUUUGUAACCAUCAGCAGCAUGUUUUGAAAUGCAAAUUUUCCUAUCACUAUUCCAAACUCCAUGACAGUUCCAGCUCUAAUGAGUCCACUUAUCUGCACUGUACCAUGAUUUCUAUCCAGGGAAGCUUAUCUAAUGUCUUGAAUUCAAAAGUAACUUUUGGUAUCUUCAUCUAUGUCUACUGAUACCAUCUUGUUGAAUGCCAUGGAAAAACCCUGGAACUGAUGCAGAAUGAGAAGGAAAUUAUCAGAUAAUAAACUGUUAGAAGUAUUAUUAAGCACACUUUUCAAAUGUUUAUUUUUUAACAUAAAUUGUCCAUGAAUUCCAGUGACAUUUUUUUUCUGAAUCAGAAUGAAGAUCCCAAUUAAUGCAAAUAUGUUUGUUUCUUUUAUUAACUGCCUACGAUAGUAUACAGGGCGGUCAGGGGUAAUAUUUAUGCAAGUUUAUAUAUUUACUUGUGUAAAAAAUUUGUUAGAUGUUAAUUUGCUUUUUCAAGGUCUUAAUAAUCUCCUCUGAAUCUUCUUUUUACAACCUCUUAAAAUCUCAAGUUAAAGUUUUAGCAGGUCAAAAUAUGCAUAAACAAUUUUUUUCUGGUUUCUGAUAAAUUUUUUUAUAGAGUUUAACUUUUUAUCUCAACUAAACUAAGAAAGUCUUCUAUGCUCAGGUGUUAAGUGCACAAGGUCUUCUAAAAUUGCUCCCUGGAGAAUCAUAAAUGAGCAGUAUUUUGAAGAUAAUAGACAAAGGAGAUUUUCCUUAUCCAUAAAAUUAUACUUUUAGGAAAAGUAGAGACAACUAUGAACAACUAUAAGAGCAUUGUUGUCAAUUAAAAUUCAAGAGAAGAAGAAAAUAUAACUGUUUUACUUUUAAAACUAAAAACAAAAAUUAAAGGCAUUGUGUGUUAACGGUCUGCAUUUCUAUCCUGUAUCAGAUUCAAGUUUUUGGCCACAGAGUUUACCUUGACGUUUUGAUCACAUCAACUGUAAACUUGGUACACAUGUUCAUUAUAACGUAAACAAUUAAAAUUAUAUGUUGAAUAAGGGUUUUGAUCCUGACUUUUCUGUUUACUACAAUUAGUAAUAUAGUGUGAUCUGGGCAUGGUUUCCUAUGGACACAGAUUCUUGCAUCUUUUGUCUAAGUUUAAUUUUGACCUAAAAUGAUACCUUUAACUUUACCAGUUGUGGAAGUGAUUUUCUUAAGAAUCUAAAGAUUUAAAACUCAGGGGUAAAGGCAAAGAGAGAAACAGCUAUUCUAAUGCAAUUAGUUUAUAUCAAUGGCUCUGAUUGGAUGAAGACAAGCGUAAAAUUCUCAAUCUCCCUGUCUGUAACUAAAGAAGCCGACAUUUUGAAUUCGGGAAUAUAUUGACAUGUAAUUUCUCCAAUAAUAAGCAAAAAAACUCACAUUUGGACCUACAAAACUUCUUUUCAUCAAAUUUUAUUACAUUUUGAAGCGGACAAGAACCCAGAAAACGCCCAGUGUUUACGUUUGAUGCAGGAAGCACACCUAUGACGUCGCCUAGAUUAGGCGCCAAAGAAGAUAACAUCAUUUUGCGGAAUUUUCGUUUAAUGAAAAUUCUACACAGAAAUAAUGACUAAAAUUGAAUGAUUUGUUUUUAUACAACCGCAAAAAAAAUUUUUGUGGUCGUAUAUUGGUAUGACGUUGGCGUCGUUGUCGUCGUCCGAAGACACAUUAGUUUUCGCACUCUAACUUUAGUUUAAGUGAAUGGAUCUCUAUGAAAUUUUACCAUAAGGUUCAAUACCACAAAAGGAAGGUGGGGAUUGAUUUUGGGGGUUAGGGUACCAACAGUUAAGGAAUUAGGGGCCAAAAAGGGGCCAAACAUAAGCAUUUUUGUAACUUCCAGUUAUAACUUGUGUGUAAGUAUAUGGAUCUCUCUGACAUUGUACCACAAAGUUCCAUAUCACAAAGGGAAUGCUGGGAUUGAUUUUGGGGGUAAUUGCCUCCAAAUUUUAGGAAUUUGGGGCCAAAAAGGGGCAAAAAACAAGCAUUUUUCUAGUUUCAUGACAAUAACUUGUGUGUAAGUGUAUGGAUCUUUAUGAAAUUGUAUCACAAGGUUCCAUAUCACAAAGGGAAUGCUGGGAUUGAUUUUGGGGGUAAUUGCCUCCAAAUUUAAGUAAUUAGGGGCCAAAAAGGGCCAAAAAACAAGCAUUUUUCUAGUUUCCAGACAAUAACUUGUGUUCAAGUGUAUGGAUCUCUCUGAAAUUGUACUGCAAGGUACCAUACUACAAAAGGAAGGCUCGGAUUGAUUUUGGGGGUAAUUCCCUCAAAAUUUUAGAAAUUAGGGGCCAUAAAAGGGCAAAAAAACAAGCAUUUUUCUAGUUUCACGACAAUAACUUGUGUGUAAGUGUAUGGAUCUUUAUGAAAUUGUACUGCAAGGUUCCAUAUCACAAAGGGAAAGCUGGGUUGGAGUUUGGGGGUAAUUGCCCUAAACGUUUAGGAAUUUGGGGCCAAAAAGGGGCCAAAAAACUUGCAUUUUUCUAGUUUCAUGACAAUAACUUGUGUUCAAGUGUAUGGAUCUCUCUGAAAUUGUACUGCAAGGUACCAUACCACAAAGGGAAGGCUGGGAUUGAGUUUCAGGUGAUGAAUCAUAAGGGGGUUCAAAAAAUUUGGGGGGGGGAUUUUUUUUUCCUUUUUUUUCUUUAAAAUUUUCCAUUUUAAAUUGGUUAUUUCUGAUUUCUGAUUUAUAUAUAAAAGCAAAUAAUAAUGAUAUGGUUUGAAUAGGUAAAUUAAAAUUUUUAAGUUCUUUCAUUCUGUGUCAGAAACCUAUGCUGUGUCAAAUAUUUAAUUACAAUCCAAAUUCAGUGCUGUAUCAAGCUUGAAUGUUGUGUCCAUACUUGCCCCAACUGUUCAGGGUUCGACCUCUGCGGUCGUAUCAAGCUGUGCCCCAGCGGAGCAUUUUAUUAAUUUUGGGUCCAGUUUUCAAAUUGGUCUACAUUAAUGGUCCAAAGGGUCCAAAAUUAAACUUUGUUUGAUUUUAACAAAAAUUGAAUAUGGGGUUCUUUGAUAUGCUGAAUCUAAACAUGUAUUUAGAUUUUUGAUUUUUGGCCCAGUUUUCAAGUUGGUCCAAAUUGGGGUCCAAAAUUAAAGUUUGUUUGAUUUAAAAUAAAAUUGAAUAUAUGGGGUUCUUUGAUAUGCUGAAUCUAACCAUGUAUUUUGAUUUUGGACAUUGGAUCAUAAUAGGUAAAUUAAAAAAAAUCAAGUUCUUAGACCACAUUCUUUCUGUGUCAGAAACCUAUGCUGUGUCAAAUAUUUAAUCACAAUCCAAAUUCAGAGCUGUAUCAAGCUUGAAUGUUGUGUCCAUACUUGCCCCAACUGUUCAGGGUUCGACCUCUGCGGUCGUAUCAAGCUGCGCCCAGCGAAGCAUUUUAUUUUGCAUUAGAAUAGAGAUAACUGUAUUGUAUUUGAAGCUUUGCGGACGUCCAUCGGUAGUUUUACUGUCGCAAAUACCCGUUUACCUGUCUCCGCUACGCGUCGCCAGGUAAACUAAAUUUGCGACAGUAAAACUACCGAUGGACGUCCGCAUAGCUUCAAAUACAAUACAGUUAUCUCUAAAGCAUGUAUUCAGUGAUUGUUAUGUUUGUUCUGUUGUAAGAGUCAUUAUAGAUUAUCAAUAUUUGACCUGAGAUUUUGCAACACUUGAACUAUUGAUGUCAUGCAACGAUCACUUUUGCAUUGUUGCUUCAGACAUUUUCUCUUAUGACUUAAAAUUUUACAGGAAUGUCUGUCGUGGUCUGUAAUGGCCAAUAAUGACGAACAAAUAGCAAUAAAGUGUAUUUGAUCAUGGCUCAAUUGAAGAAAUUUCUAUUGUUUCUUAACUAUGUAUUUCCAUUGUGUGAUAGGGUACUGUGAUGUAUGUGUAUAGAUUUAUCAAGUCUUUUUAAGUAUGUGCAGCACUGCAAUUUAUUGUUAAAUAUAUAUACCAUGUACAUGUUAAAAAAAGUGCUGUUGUUGUGUGCAAUUGAUUAUGAAUAAAAAGUAAAAUAUCA